AUGUUUGUUAUAGGAUGUUUCUUUCAUUUUUCACAAGCGAUAUGGCAGCAAGUUCAAGAAAAAGGAUUGGUAACAAAAUAUAGAGAAGAUGAGUACUUUCGUUUAAAUGUGAAAAAAUUGAUUGCUCUUGUCUUUGUUCCAGUAGAUGAAGUUACAACUGGCUUUGACUUAAUUGCCAAUCAAUUCGACGAUGACGUCGAUGAUUUACUUGAUUAUUUUGAAAAGACAUGGAUUGGUGAACCAAAAAGAAGAGGAACUUGUCGAAAGAAGCCUCAAUAUGAUCACAAUUUAUGGAAUAUUCAUGAUCGUGUCAUUGCUGCUAUACCUCGUCCCAAUAAUUCGGUUGAAGGCUGGCACAAUGCAUUCGCAAGUCGCGUCACAAUGAAUCAUACUGACAUCGUGAAGCUGGCAGCGAAAAUUCGUCUGGAACAAUCGAAAUUCGAGGUGAACAUGGCGAAGAUUCUCCAAGGCCACAAUAUCAUGACAAAAAAAGCCUGUUAUCGAAGAUUAGACGAACGUAUUACUCGGCUGAUCAACGCAUCCACUCAUCUCAACUGGAUGAAUUUUUCAAACAUAUGGUUGCCAAUAUUACUCUUUAAGUAAGUUACUUUUGAAAUUAUUUCUCUCAAUAAUUUUCCCUUUUUUUAUUUAGAUUGUUCUCUUGCUUUUCGUUUGAUUUAUUAUUUAUUUCGUGUAAAUUUUUGUUCUUUUUUUUGUCGUUUAGAUUUUCUUUUUCUACCGACGCUUCGCAAUCAUUUCAGCUGGACUAAUUAAAAAAAAUUAUUCUUAACACUACUCAUCAGGUAAUUUACUCUCGAAGUUAUUUCAAUAAUUCAUCUUUUUUUUUGUUUAGAUUAUUAUUUUCGUCUUUUCUGAUUUUUUUUCUUUUUUUGUUGCAAAUGCUUUCAUUAUGUAGUGUAUAACUCAUGAAAUAAAUAUGAAUCAUUUGCUCAAAUUAACUUUUUCAGAAAGUGAACUAAUUAAGGGGAAUGGAAAAAAUAGAUAGAAAGGAAGAAAAGGAGAGUAAUUAC